UGCGGGGCACCAGCGGAAUCGCCUGUAGUUGUGGCUUGAAGCUGAACAUGCUCAGUAGCUGAAGCGUCUGUGUUUCCUCUGCCCAUCCUUGUUGUGAACGUAGAACGAGAUCUCUGCUUUGGAAGCAACAGUUACCGGAACCGGCUUAUUGUCAUUUUAUUUUUUUUGGCUAUGGGUAGUCACGAAGCUGCGGCGGUAGAAACGGGCCACUUUCCAGACAAUGAUAGACCAGAAGUUGUCAAUGAAGAAUCCAGAAGGCUCACCAAAGAAAAGAUUUUUAUAUUGGCAGCGACAGCAUCCAUUAACUUCAGUUCAAUGAUUUGCUACUCAAUCCUGGGACCCUUUUUUCCAAGAGAGGCUGAAAAGAAAGGUGCCAGUAGUACAGUAGUUGGACUCAUUUUUGGAUGCUUUUCCAUAUGCAACUUCUUCAGUUCUCUGAUAAUGGGCAAAUAUCUUGUCCAGAUUGGAGCAAAAUUUAUGUUAGUUUCUGGAAUGUUUGCGUCAGGAUGUGUAACCAUUCUCUUUGGAUUGUUGGACAGAGCACCUGAUGGGCCCGUAUUUAUCGGACUAUGUUUUUUGGUUCGCGGAAUGGAUGCAGUUGGGUUUUCUGCAGCAAUGACAGCUUCAUUUUCUAUUCUUGCAAAAGCCUUUCCUAACAACAUAGCUACAGUUCUGGGCAGUCUUGAAAUUUUUACUGGGCUGGGACUAGUGCUGGGUCCCCCUAUCGGUGGCUUUUUGUACCAGACAUUUGGCUAUGAAGUCCCUUUCAUUGCACUUGGAUGUGUAGUGCUGAUUAUGGUGCCUCUGAACAUAUAUAUCUUACCAGGAUAUGAUUCAACUCCUAGCAAAGAUUCUUUCUGGAAGCUUAUGACUAUACCCAAAAUUUUACUCCUCUGUUUUACUAUGUUUUCACUAAGUGCAUCUUUGGGCUUUCUAGAUCCAACAAUGUCACUGUUUGUCUUGGAAAAAUUCCAGUUGCCAGUUGGUUAUGUAGGAUUAGUUUUUCUGGGUUUAGCUCUCUCCUAUUCCUUAUCUUCACCAUUGCUUGGCUUUCUGAGUGAUAAAAAGCCGCCUUUAAGGAAGUAUCUGUUGAUCGUUGGAGGCUUAAUCACAGCAUUAUGCUAUUUUCUGCUAGGACCAGCUCCUGUCUUGCACAUUGAAAGCAAACUAUGGCUCUUCGUUCUAAUGCUAGUCAUCAUUGGUUUUUCGCUUGCCAUGAGUGGUAUUCCAGCAUUCCCUGAGAUACUCGGUUGUGCAUAUGAGAAUGGAUUUGAAGAGGGGUUAAGCUUGUUAGGACUGAUCUCAGGACUCUUCAAUGCAGUAUGGUCACUUGGGUCUUUUGUAGGACCAACACUAGGUGGAUUCCUAAAUGACAAACUAGGUUUUGAGUGGGCUGCAGCCAUACAAGGUGGAUUACCACUACUGAGUGGAGUGGCUAUUGGAAUUUACUAUAUCUAUGAGGCCUCAUGUAGAAGAAGAUUCCCUCCACAAGAUGGUCUGGGUACAGAGCAAGAAAGAGCUAAUCUUUUAUCUAGUGAAACAUAAUUGGAAAUCUUCCCCAUCAGCAGCUCAAAUCUAAUUUUGUGAAACCUAGAAGCAUAACGCACUCGGAAGGGGGAGCAAAUAGCUUUCAGUGUGAAAACCCUCUUAUAACACCAUGUGAAGAAUUCUGAAACCUUUAUAACUGAAAUGUACCAUUCUAUCAUUUAGAUAACUAAUGCCUUUCUGUUUUGGGCAUUCCUAUGGUGAGCUAUUUGAGCUGGGUAUAUCUGGGAGUAUUUGUACAGGAGAAAUAUUUCACACCAUGUGAAAUUAAUAUAUAGCACAAUGUGCCAUAUGUUUCAUAAUAAUAUACUUUUACACUUAACACCACCAUUGU